AUGAAGGCCGCCUUCGUCAUCGGCGCCAUCGCCGCCACUGCCGCCAACGCGUGGAAGUACCCCGACUGCGAGCAUGACAACUGCUACAACAACCUCGUCGACAAGCGCUUCGCCGAGGAGGGCAAGAAGUUCUGCUUCGAGUUCCUUGCCGGCACCACCACCGCCCCCGAGGCCAUCCCCACCGAUUUCAGCAACUGCAAGCAGGACGUGAAGAGGGUCAGCUCCGCCUGCUCGUGCAUCACUUACACGGCCACGCACACCUCGUCCGUCCCGGAGACGACCACCAGCCAGCCUCAGACCACUCCCACCACCACCAGCCAGCCUGAGACCACUCCCACUACCACCAGCCAGCCGGAGACCACUCCUUCCACCAGCAAGCCGGAGACUACUCCUUCCACCAGCAAGCCGGAGACUACUCCCUCCACCAGCAAGCCGGAGACUACCCCCUCCACCAGCAAGCCGGAGACGACGACCACGCCUCCCGCUAACACCACGUCCACGGAGCUGCCUCCUACCACCACCUCCAAGCCGGAGACCACCAGCUGGACCACGUCCACCAUCUGCACGACCAAGACGCACACCAUCACCAAGUGCCCCCCUGAGGUGACCAACUGCCCUGGCGGCCACACCACCGUCGUCACCGAGACCAUCCCCAUCUCUACCACGGUCUGCCCCGUCACCUCCACCCCUCCUCCUACUAGCUGGACCACCUCGACCAUCUGCACGACCAAGACGCACACCAUCACCAAGUGCCCUCCUGAGGUGACCAACUGCCCCGGCGGCCACACGACUGUCAUCACCGAGACCAUCCCCGUCUCCACCACUGUCUGCCCCGUCACGUCGACUCCUGUUCCCACCGGCACUGUUGUCCCCCCGGGCAACAACUCGACGUCGACUCAGUUCACCACCCAGACCUACACCAUCAGCUCGUGCCCGCCUGAGGUCCCCAACUGCCCCAUUGGCAGUGUCACCACCACCGUCUACCCGACCGGCACCACCAACUUCCCCACGUGGACUUCUCAGAAGCCCACUCAGCAGCCCACCACUCCCCCUGUGGUUCCUCCCCCCUCGGGCUCUGCCACCGGUACCGCUCCCCCCGUCGUCACCGCUGCCGCUGGCCACGUUGUCGGCAGCGUCAACUUCGUUGCCGCCGUUGCUGGUCUUGUUGCCCUCCUGUAA